AUGGCGAAAUUCUCCAUUGAUAUUGUUUCCGACACUGUUUGCCCAUGGUGCUAUGUAGGCUUCAAAAGACUAAAUAAAGCCAUUGCCAUUUUCAAGCAGAGGCAUUCCGAUGCUACAUUCGAGAUAAAAUGGCAUCCAUACUACCUCAAUCCUAGCGCUCCCAAAGUUAGUGUGGACAAACAAAAGGUCUAUGAAGAAAAGUUUGGACGUGAUCGAGUCGCUAUGAUGCAGAGGCGCCUUGCAGCGGUUGGUCUUCAAGAUGGAAUCAAGUUCGCAUUCGGAGGAAAAACUGGAAAUACCAGAAAGUCUCAUAGAAUCAUACACCUCGCUGGCGAGAAGGGUGUGCAGAAUGAGGUUGUGGAACAGCUCUUUAUUUCAUACUUUGAGGAUGAAAAGGAUAUUACCGAUGACACAGUUCUCAAGGAAGCAGCCGUCAAGGGAGGCCUUAAACCAGAGGAUGUUGACAAUUAUCUGACAAGUGAUUUGGGAGGACCUCAAGUCGACAAAGAAGUUGCGGAUGCACAGCUGCGAUUCAUUCAAGGAGUUCCUCACUUCACAAUCAAUGGGAAACAUGAGUUGGGGGGCGCGCAGGAGCCGGAUUCAUUCGUUGAAAUUUUCGAAUCAUACAAUAAAUGA